CCCCCUCAUAUUGGCCGGGACAAGAGCUCGACGUCGCUGUUGAAGUUCGUCCUCAGUGCAGGUCAACAGAGUGCAAACGGCUCCACCCGCCAUGUCCGCCUUCCUUCACCGCUGCCCCUUCCUGAAGUCCCUCCCCCAAGGACGGCUCCACAGGGCUCUGCCUGUCCUCUUCCGCCUGGCGGACCGCUGUCCCGCCAUCUCCCACCACGUGUCCAACAGCACCGCCGCUGCGCACAAGGCCAAGGAGUCUGGGCUGAACGGCUCCCAGCCCCACACCACCAGCCAGGUGGCUGCGAAAGUGGCCAACAGCUGCCCGUUUGUCUCGUCCCAGAUGGAGGUGGUGCGCGCCACCCCCGAGGUGCAGGAGGAUGUUCUGCAGGAGCCCACAGGAUCAUUGAGCUCUCUGCUGAGGGGCCUUCAGACCUCCAUCUCUGACACGCCGUUCCCCUUCGAGGAGCACCCCCCCACCGUGACCCACCUCCUCAACAAGCACUUGGGAGGCUCCAGCUUCGACUACGAUGGCUUCUUUGAGCGGAAGAUCGUGGAGAAGAAGAGGGACCACACCUACCGCAUUUUCAAGACUGUGAAUCGUCGCGCCGACAACUUCCCCUUUGCAGAGGACUACUCUGUGGCCGGUCGCCACGGUUCCCACGUUUCGGUGUGGUGCAGCAACGACUACUUGGGCAUGAGCAGUCACCCCCGCGUGCUUGGCGCCAUCCGCGACACUCUGGACAAGUACGGCGCCGGGGCUGGAGGCACCAGGAACAUCUCUGGCACCAGCAACAUCCACGUGGCCCUGGAGCGCGAGCUGGCCGACCUCCACGGCAAGGACGCCGCACUGGUCUUCUCCUCCUGCUUCGUGGCCAACGACUCGACGCUCUUCACGCUGGCCAAGAUGCUGCCAGGGUGCGAGAUUUUCUCCGACGCGGGUAACCACGCCUCCAUGAUCCAGGGCAUCCGUAACAGCGGGGCCAAGCGUCACAUCUUCCGCCACAACGACACGGCCCACCUGGAGGAGCUGCUGAGGCGUUCGGACCCGAGCGUGCCCAAAAUAGUCGCCUUCGAGACGGUGCACUCCAUGAACGGUGCCAUCUGCCCGCUGGAGGAGCUCUGCGACGUGGCCCACCGCUACGGGGCCCUGACCUUCGUGGACGAGGUGCACGCCGUGGGCCUGUACGGGGCUCACGGGGCCGGAGUCGGGGAGAGGGACGGAGUCACGGGCAAGAUGGACAUCAUCUCGGGCACGCUGGGCAAGGCCUUCGGCUGUGUGGGCGGCUACAUCGCCAGCGGCGCCGCCCUGGUGGACACGGUGCGCUCCUAUGCCGCCGGCUUCAUCUUCACCACCUCCCUGCCGCCCAUGGUCCUGGCGGGGGCCCUGGAGUCCGUGAGGGUCCUCAAGGGCCCCGAGGGCCACAGCCUGCGCAGGGCCCACCAGAGGAACGUGAAGCACAUGCGGCAACUGCUGCUGGACGCCGGCCUUCCCGUGCUCAACUGCCCGAGCCACAUCAUCCCCAUCCGGGUGGGCAACGCAGAGCAGAACUCCAAGGUGUGCGAUAUCCUGCUGGAGAGGGACAACAUCUACGUUCAGGCCAUCAACUACCCGACGGUCCCCCGGGGGGAGGAGCUACUGCGCCUCGCACCCUCCCCCCACCACGACCCGGCCAUGAUGGACUACUUCGUAGAGAAACUGCUGGAGGCCUGGAAGGAGGUGCAGCUCCCGCUGAAACACCCCGCUGUGGCUGCCUGCACGUUCUGCGACCGUCCGCUGCACUUCGACCUCAUGACCGAGUGGGAGAAGUCGUACUUCGGCAACAUGGAGCCGCAGUACAUCACGGUGUCGGCGUGACGUCCCGCAGCCCGCGUGAAGACCGCACACAGGGCGGAGCCUGCGAGGAGUCGCCACGCGCAGCGCAGUGUUCGGUGUGCAGUGUUCUCCUCCCUCAGUGCUGAAAACAAUACACUCCUCCAUCCAUCUACCUGUGUGUGCGUGCGUGUGUGUGUUUGUGCGUGCGCGUGCGCACGUCGCACAUUCUGCUUUAUUCGCGUUUCACUUUGAAUUUAUUGUGAAUGAGUUUAUUUCGCCACUUGCUCAGCCCCUCUGGCUUCUGUCGUGGCGGGGUCACGGCAGGCCGGCGAGGCCCGAAACGAUGUGUCCGUGCGAACUAGUGCCGCCCCGCGUCACGCCUGCACUGGAGCACUUUGACAAGAACUCAUGUAGCGCUCAUGUAGCAGCAGCAGCACCCAUUGGCCAAGUGUUCUUAUCGCAAUUAUUACUCUUACUGUAGCAAACAGCUGAAAGUUGCACUCAGCGGCGUCCUCUCCAGCGACGGUGGACGUCUCUCUGGGACGAGGCUACAGGCGGGACGACCCGUCUCCGAACGAGCGCCGUCAUUAAAGCCACGGCUCUCGACGUGAUACCGUGUCUUUGCUAAUGUGUUUGUGGAGGGACACAGUCGUCAAGCUCCUUCACACGCCGCAUCUCACAUACCGCAUCACGCACCGCAUCUCACGCCUGUUAGCACACUUAGUACUGCAGUUACUAUCACUGCGCUCACAGUCAUCUUGGGGAAGUUAUGAACACGGUUUUGAAAAAUUCUGACGCCUCUUGGUCGUUGUGGUCAUUCUGCCCCGUGGUGUGACGGACCGGGGUUUGAACAUCUCGAGUGUCCCCUGCUGUCGCCAUACUGGUGUCUGAGGCAGGGUGCGAGCCCAUACUUAUCAUCAUCAUAAUCAUCAUCAUCAUCCACUUUACCGCACCUUGAUUCAGGGUGAAAGUGCAGGAGGAUGAGUGCGGCACACUGGGGUUCGACUGUGGCCACUGCACAGGCCCCAGUGGAGUCGCUCCAGUACAUUACUGCAGCGCUUUACCGCAGCACUUUGUACACUAGGGCCCACCUCACUUGCGGCAAGUCUGCUGAGUGAAUCCAUGUAAAAUGUGAAUUUAAUACAAUUUAAGAGCGAGGGGACAGGGCCCGGGGCCCACUGUCAGCUCCUGGAGCCUGUUGGUUGCUUUAUUCUGAGAACAAUGACGACACAGGAGCCACAUUAACUGUAAUGAUCAUAUCCUGCUCUUUUUUAUACACAAAUUUUAUUGACAAAAAGCAGUAAUUACAAAAGGCAGGAUCAUUAAAAAAAGACACAGAACCAGAUCCUAAUAUAACAACAAACCAAAAUGCCAGAGAGAAUAAGCAAAGCAAAGGACAUUUACAAAUGAACCGGUAAACAAAUGAAAAAGAAAUAUAAAUAUGCAGAAAAAGUAAAUAAAGACUUGUUCGUCACAAAUGGAGUAAGACGCAAUUAGAAGCACAGUUCUCACAACUUUGGGGUUUUUAGUAAGUACAAGUGCUCUUAUAAUGUUUAACUUCUUUUAGAAAUGGGAAAGAAAGGCUUUGAGUUCCUAAAUUUACACUUGUGUAUAUAAUAUUUAUAUGUUUACAUCUGUUAUUUAGGUGGGGGGGCACGGCAGGUUUGACCGGUGCCUUGCACGGUGGGGUUCGAGUCCUGCUUGGGGUGUGCAGCGGCCUUGUCUUUCUCCCUGUUUGCCUCCCCCCCCAUGCAGAGGAAGGACCUGGCAACCCACCUCUGUUUCUCCCUUGACUUGCCUCGGAAACCACGCACGUGGUCGCUAUGGGUCGGCUCCGACUCAGCGCCUUGCAUGUAUGCAUAUAAUAUUUAGUUAAUAAAAA